UGCGAUCAGGCGGUCAGCGGUAGGCGGAUCGCUGGGAACUCCAAGUCCCGUGAGUCUGUUCGGCGGCCGAGCCUCGCCGCUCCAAAACACACGCUGACAGCUGCUCAGAAACCAUGCCUCGGGCCCGGAGAGCCAACCAGUCCGCCAAGAAGGGCGGCGGGAGCCGCGGUGAGACCCGAGAUCGGGGGCAAGGGGCACGGGAAGGCAGCAGGGGGACCUGUCCCAAUGUAAUGGGGGGGGGGUAAAUAGGUAAGGGGGGAGGAGGGGGGGUGCAGUGUGCCGGGCCGGGUAUGGACUGGGUGCUGUCAGGGCUAUAAAUACCCCAUGUCAGUCACAGGACAAGCUUUACACCAGCUGGGGCUAAUACUGGGGCAAUAGAGGGGCUCCUGGGGCAGCUAGUGGACACGUGGGUGCCUGGUGUGUGUGUAAUAAAUACUUUAUAAUGUCCUCCUUGCUCAGCCUGCUUCCUGUGACAUAUGUUGUGACAUUAACUGUCCAGAUCCAUGUCCCUGGGGCCAUGAGACCCUGCUGUUUGGGGUAUGUUCCAGCCCCUGAUUGUUAAGGAAUUGUCAUUUCAAUAUCACUACCUAUUUUUUUUUUUUAUUUUUUUUUUACUCAUUUGGUUUAUUCUGUAAACUGUGAAUUCUGGACAAUUAUAAAGGGGAUUGAUUUUAGGUCUGAAAAAAAUAGCCAGAUUAGAAAGAAAUCUCUGCCAGUCAGGGAUACAUGACCAGGCAUAGGCACAUUUCAUGCCAAAUCAUCUGAGUUGAGGAAACAACUCUCCAAAUACAGUUAUUUGUUUUUUGUUUUUGCCAUCUCACACCAAAAGCCAUUUUGGCAUCUGGAUCUGUUUUCCGCUAUACACGGCUUAUGAGAACUAAGAAUUCUCUUUUUUUAAUUCUCAACAAUUCUUAGUUUAACAGAGUUUGCCCAGAAAGUUUUGGCACAUGUUGCUGUGAUGUGGCUUAAAGGAAAUCCUGGCCAGAGCGCUCAACUAGGGGGUUGCUAAAAUUAAUAUGAACAGUUUGGAAGCCAUGAAUUUGUUUGAGGUUUUUUUGCAGAGAGAGAGAGAGAAAAAAAAAAAAAAUAUAUAUAUAUAUAUAUAUAUAUUCAAAACAUCAUCAGGGGUGCACUCUCAGUUCUUGUGAAAAUACUUAGUGAUUUUAAUGGCAAAAACAAAAAGGUACAUCUGUAAUACGAUCAACGUUUCGACCGCUAAGGAUCUUGAAAAAGACCCUUAGUGAUUGAAACGUCGAUCGUAUUACAGAUGUAAAAAACAUUUUGCCAUUAAAAUCACUAAGUAUUUUCACAAGACCUGAGAGUGCACCCAUGAUAUUAUUUGGAUAUAUACAACGUGGGUAGCACCUAGGCGAUUUUCUACUAUUCAUUAUUGACCAGUAGCGUGCCAAGCUGUAUUUGUUUUGUGUGUGUGUGUGUGUGUGUGUAUGUAUGUAUGUAUGUAUGUAUGUAUAUAUAUAUAUAUAUAUAUAUAUAUAUGUGUGUGUAUACAAAGUGCCCCUGCAGGUGAUAAUUUAUGUUCUUUUGGUAAUUAAAUAACAUUGUUAUGGAUAAUACCCAAACUCUCCAAUCCCCUGUUAUCCCAAUAAAGCCUUAUAUCCUCCUAUGUUUACCUUCCCAACCCCCAUGGAUCCACUGACCCCCACCACCCCCUCCUCCCCUUGCAGGCUCCCUGAGACAGGAACUGCUUCAGCUGAAAGUGUCGGACAAACUGAACCAGUUUAAAGGUACAAGUUGUGCCACUAGCAGCAUGUGUCUCUGUCCAUUACAAUGAAACUCUAGCUAAAAUACAAGCUUGGAACAUUUUAUUUAUGAACAAACAGAGACAAAGUUUAUUCACUAAAUGUAAAUGUUUCAAUCAAUACAAGACCAAAAAUAAUAUAUUGCACAGUAGUUUGCCUUUGCUAGUCUUUGGAGGAUGUCAGAUACUGCACUUACGUAGUAUUCUUAAGUAGAAUGUGAAAAGGGCAGCGGAAAUGGUUUUACAACUGCUGUAAAGUGUAACAUGUUGUGAAGAUAUGGAAUAGUUUAAUUCAUUACCACACACAUAAAUCAGCAAUUGACACUAUACAUUUUUUUGCUGACACUGUGUAUUUUCCCCUGGAUUCUUAUGCUGCUUGUUGCAGGCUGUGUAAGGGGAAUCGUGAAACAUUUUGUGAUUUGCAUGAAAUGCCAGGCUAUGCGAUGGGUUUUAUCCAGAUUUCUCCAGAUUGUGUGAGCUUCACUCUUAGAACUGUUUUUAGGGCAACCAUAUAUGGCUAUUGUUAUUUGUAUCUUAUAAGGCCAGUGUUAUUUUAAUAGUUUUUAGAUAUGGCUUUUGUUUUUUCCAAACCUCUAGUCCUUGUUAUCCCUUCUCCCUCGCAGUACUAGAAAGUCCCUAUUUCUGGUAAUUAUUAUAAUUAGUUUAUAUACCACCCACCAAAAAAAAAAAGUCCAGUGAAAAAUGCUAAAGUAUUCUGCUGCUGAUAUAUUGAACCUUUAAAGUACAGUGCCCAAUUUUCUAGAUAUUAAAAUAUGCAGUUGUAACCUUGAGCAGGAUGAUUUCGUUUACUCUCCGGUUGGGACUGUUGUAUAAACUGACCGUUUCUCCCAAAGGGUGAAAUUCUAUCACAGGAGUUAAACCAAACUCUGGUAAUUGAAUAGCAAUCCUCCCAUUGACAUCUAUGAGCAAAUUGCAAUUCAAAUACCAGAAAUAUGCUUAUGUCUUCUAAUAGAAUCCAGUUUUUAGUUAACAGGUCUAAGAAUAAAAUAGUCAGGUUAUGAGACAUAAAUAUAUAUGUGUUUAAACACUUGGUAGUGUUGAAAUAUAUCUACUCUGUUAAAGAAGCUUGUGUUUUAGCUAUUGAUUUGCAAAAUGUCAUGCUUUCGCCAGUCACCACCAACACCAUCACUUCAUCCUUCUCAUGCAUGUACAGCCAUUGUGAAAAAUGUACCAGAACGUUUUUAUUCAUUGUGAAUGGAUUGUAUUUAUGGCAACAAUCUGUUCUCUGCGUGUGAUUGGGUAGUUAGCUUUGUACUUAUGUCCCUGAAUUUAACUGGAAACGCUAUUCAGCUUGUCACAUGUCUGUCAUACUGUAGGCAGUAUAUUAUCCUUUUGCAUAUGCACAACAGAACAGAAAUGCAUUGUGGGCUGUGUUCUGUUAAUGUAAUUCUUGUUCUCCAACAGAAGGUCAUGCUAUGUCACUGAAGACAGGUAACCUGAAGCACCAUGGGGAAAAUCAGUUCUAGGAAUAGAUUUUUUUUGGAGGACCGUAGUUUUUAUUUGGUCUAGUCAGGAGAGUAAUGUAUCUGAGCAUACAUUGUAGAGAGAGAGAGAGAGAGAGAGAGAGAGAAUAAAAAGCAGGAUUAGUGGAACAGAGAAGGGUGUUAACGGGGGUUAGUCCUGUCCUCUGGAGUAAAAAAAGUGUAUCGGGGAUUGAAAAUAGUGACUGACCUGAAUGUAUGAGAACCAUGCUACUGGAAGGGCUGCACGCAAGAUAUAUUUUUUGUUAGGAAAAUAUACUGGGUAUCUCAAGACCUGUAUUCCCAGAGUAGUCCCUAUUAUUAUUAUUAUUAUUAUUAUUAUUAUUGCCAUUUAUAUAGCGCCAACAGAUUCCGUAGCGCUUUACAAUAUUAUGAGAGGGGAUUUAACUAUAAAUAGGACAAUUACAAAUAAACUUACAGGAACAAUAGGUUGUUAGUGAACAGGACUCAUUGUGAAAAUAGGGUUGUUAAGGAACUGCUUUUUUAUUUUAUUUUUUUAUGAAAUCGUAUUAAAAUGUUUAACAAUUAAACUACUUAUUUAUAUGGUAGUAUGUUAAAAUUUUACAGGGAAAAAUACAUUGUUUACUUUUACCACGUUUAGUUACAUUUCUCAAAAACUGCAGAGCUCUUUCAGCUUGCCAGGUGGGUAAUGUGAUCCUCUUUUCACCAGACUAGAUACUUUCAGUUUGGGCCUCUAGAACACAUUUAAAGGGACACUAUAGCCACCAGAACUACUACAGAUGAUAUAGUGAUUCUGGUGUGUAUAGUAUGUCCCUACAGGCUGAGCAAUGAAAAUGCUGCCAUUUCUCUGUGUUUACAUUGCUGCCUAGUAACACCUCUAGUGGCAGUCUCUCAGACAGCCACUAGAGGUGCUUCCUAUUUCAAAGCUGCAUUGUAUGCAGCGCCUAUGUUCAGCGUCUCCACGCUCUGCAUGGAUUCCGCUCACCAAUGAUGAAUAUAGACUCCAGUGGUGUAUGGCGACCAAUAUAUUCAUUAAAAUAAACAAUAGAAUGGUUCUAUGCGUUUCUCCCGUAUCUGGCUUCUUCAGCGUCCGCAAUUAAAAAGCACCUUCAACAGAUGACAAUUUUAAAAAGAACCAUAAUCCUACUCUUCCCAGAGUACCUCUUAAAGCGGCACUGUCAUGCUGUACUUACCUUUCUUUAAUCGAUUCCUCUUCUCUCGCUCUCUCAGAAUCUGUUCUUCAUUUCUUCCUGCCUGCUCUAGUUUUCUUUAAAACAUAAGACAAAGUAGGGACUAUUUGUCUUAUGGAGGUUUCCUACGCCUGACCAUCUCUGACCAGCGGAGGAGCAAAGUGUGCUUCAUUUCCGCUGUCAGAGAAAUUUUCCCACAAUUCUAAGCUUUCCUCCAUGUUCCCGCAAUGCUUCCUGUCAGUAUUGCCGAACGUCCUGUUAUUUAGACAGAACGCCGGCAAAACUACCGAAUUUCGUCCUAACAAGCCCUUAGUCACCCACCACCCAAAUAAAAAAAGGGAUUCGGCCAUGACAGUGGAGCUUUAAAUGUUGCUAAAGCUUCUCUUAUUAGUGUUGCCGGAGGUGUGUUUGGGUGUCUUCUCCAAUCACCCCCCUCGUAUUUUUCUGCCCACUGUCAGUUGUUACCUCUCCAUCUUGAUUCCUUUUGAAUUUCAAAUGCUGAACAUUCUGUUGCGUUCGAUCCUCAUGCAUAGUUCUGGUUUGUUCUUGCGUGUCAAAUUCUGCCCUGUAUUCCACCUAGGGGAAGUAUGACUGAUCUACUAAACUUAGACACAGGCAGUAUUACAUAUAUACAAAAAUGAGAUUUUAUUCGUACAUUUUAUUGAUACCAAAAUCCCGGAGUAUUGCAGUAUGCAAUGAUACCUUUUUUUUUAUUGGACUAACAUAUUUAAAAGACAAGUAUUCUGUUAGUCCAAACAAAAAGGUAUCAUUGCAUACUGCAAUACUGUGGUAUUUUGGCAUUUGUCUACUGGAUCAAUACGGCUAAUCCAAUCUACACUAUAUAUAGAUAUAGACCCUGAAGUUGUAGGGGUGUUACAGCUGAAAUUGCGACCUUGAAGAAUCCCGAUAUGGUGGAAAAGCACAGGACCAUGAUAAAUAUACUUGUUGCCAUACACCACUGGAGUCUAUAUCCAUCAUUGGUGACAAGAAUCAGGACAGGCGGUGGACCCCAGCUCCCAUGCUAGGGAGGGACCCUUAAUACGCUGUGAUAUACUCAGUGCAAUGUUAAUGCAGAGUUCUAUUGGACCGAAACUGUAUUACACUAUUGCAUAUUUCUUUCUUUUUUUUUGUUAAUAGCUGUAUCCUUAUAUUGUUGUUUUCAGUGUUCAUUAAGCUGUGUCAUAUGUUUGUUCUGUUUACACAUUGCACACAACCUCACUGACCUGUGUUUCACCUAAUUCUAAUUUAUCUGUUUGUUUUUGUUGGUUAUUCUAUUUGCUGGCCUCUGGCUGGUGCUGUUAUAUUGUAUUCCAUGGUUCUAAUGCUCAUAAAUAUUAUGUUUCGGUUGCAAAAAAAAAGCAAAAAUUACAUUGGACUGGAUAGAAAUAAAAUGUUAAAACAUAUUGUGUAAAACUGGUGUAAACAUUUUUUUAUUAUUAUUUUUUUUUUUUUAAAUCCUUUUUGACUCCCUUUCUAUAUUUCAGGCUCCCGCCCAGGAACACGUGCUGAGUCUGAGGCCAGUGAUGACGAGGCAGCAAGUGAUGUUCUCAGUCACUGCAGCAGUGCCAGUGAAACUGUCAGCUUGGCAGAGGAUGGCACAGGUUAGUCUGUAUAUGUUCAGCACAUUUACAAGGCAACCAAAGUUUAAUCUGUCCAUUUCCAGCCUUAAUGUUUAGCUCUUGGUUUUUCUUUACACUAAUUCAGUAGAAAUGAGGGUCCAUUGAGGUUAGGGUGUCUGGGAGGUACCUGGGAACUUCUUGCCAGCAUGCACUGUGGAAACUAAUGUUAUCAGCACGGGAAGCCUAGAGAUACCCCUCUGGUUGGCGCUGUUCCUCUCUUAAUACCUAUCACUAGAUUGGUGCCCAGGCGCCCUCGGAAAAGUAAUUGUGGAGUCCACUCUGACUUUUCUUCACUAGGUUAGCCAAAAUACAAUAUGUUUUAUAAAACUUUUUAGGAUGACAUUUUCAUAUAUAACUAAGGGAAAAAUUAAGCUUCCUGGAUUGUAUGUUAUAGCCAAUAUGAUAAUCUUAAAACGUUUGCUGAUAUGUCUACAAAUAAAUUAUUGCUUUUCUCUAUUUGUGAUUUUUUUAUGUGGCUGUCACUAUCCUUGAAAACCUGAAUAAAUUGUACAGAAAGUAGCUUAAAAAUAAAUGUUAAGUUACACGAUCAGCUAUUUUCAUGUGUACAUUUGCAGCCUUGUUAUAUAUUUUAAUUGUAUUAAAGCUAAACCUAUCCAAGGAUUAGCCAUGGCAAUUUUAUACCAGACUACCUUUGGGUUUGCUUAAAGGGGCACUAGACUUUAGAAAUACACUUUUGUAUUUCUAACACUACAGUGUUCCUUUAAGUAAUAUUCUGGGAUUUUCAUCGGAAACUAAUCUAGAGUUGACAUUUUAUUUACUGCAUUGUUAAGAUAGUUAACAUCAACAAAUGUGCAGAUAUCACCAAAACAGUGUCUCAAUCAAACCUUUUGCAUCUAAAUUUUUCUAGGACAAAGCGGAGUAUAUCCCAUAGCAUGUGGUUUCCUGCAGUGUUUCUUUAACUUGCAAGGUCUUAUUUAAACAGUGAUGUUAAUUAUUUUGAUGCCUUUUAAGACACAUAAUAGUCUUUACACCAUGCUCUUACCUACCACAACCCCCAGGGCUGGUUAUUGUAAUCUCUAAAAUAAUAAUCUAAAUUUCUAUUUCAAUCAGCAAUGCUUGUGUAUAAUAUGGACCCUUCGCCGUUCUUUUUGCACCAUAAUGACUGUGUUAUUCUACAGGGAACGAGUUACAGGAUUACCAAUCUCAGCAGGAGCAACGAGAGGACAAGUUUAAAGAGGAUAUAGACAAUCUGAUGGACAAAAGGUGAGAAGUGAUAUAUACCAGAAAAAAAUCUCUUGAUGUCUGAUCCAUGUUAUACAAAGUUGUCUUUAUUUAUUGUAAUGUACAUUAUUGGUUCACCAACCAGUACAGAGUUUAAAGUUGGCGUUGUUCUAUUGAUAUAGUAGUAAUGAUAAAAGCUUGGUCAAUUAUUAGCACUUGAAAGGACUGUUUUUGAGAACCUUUGUUUUCCAUCAACAGUGCUAUCUUUUUUUUUUUCUUUUUUUUUUUUGUGAGAGCACUCGUGCCUGUGUCUGACCUCUGAACACAUACUUGUAGUCAAAUGUUUUUGUGACCUAAUCCCAUUCUAUAUUUGUAGCAUCAAGACAAGACAGAUAGCUUUGACCAAUCUGCGCCUUACCCUCUCCUCUCAUGUCCUUGGUGAUGUUCUUACAGAAAGACGGAUUACCCUCAUGGAUGCUCUGGAGCGCUGCUUGAAGAAAGGUAAUAUGUGGACAGUCUGCAUUGUAAGGUCCACACAGCACUGGUUAUGGUUCUGGUGUCCAUUCUGUAAUAGUAUACUGUGUGGAAGCCAGAACCCACUUGUUAAUGUGCAAAGAUUGAGUACCAACUUGGACCCACACAGGAAAGUAGAAAUUGAGAAUGACUCCCUUACACCUAAAUAAGAGAUGACUGCCAAUUAUUCCAAUUAAAUAAGGACCCAGAAACAUUUCAAUCUUGUGACCAUUGUAAAGUCUCUGUUCAAGCUUUGCUAAACUCAACAACAACAAACCAUGUGAAAUGUCUAAUUUUCUUAAUUUUGCACAUUUACAUUGCUUUCUCCAAGAAGUGUCCAACAAAUCCCAGCACAUUUCUAUUUGUCUGUCGAGGCUGAAAAAUAAAAACUGUAGGUGUUGCUGUAUCAUUGCUACCUGGCCAGAAAGAGACUUUAUCCAUUUAGUCAUUCUACAAUGAUGUGACUACAUGUGAUGUCACCACUGGUUCAUCUUCUUAUAAUUUUGGUCUAUCAAUUAUUUGUUUUGUAGGUAAAGAGGAGGAACAGUCUCUGGCAGCCACAGUGCUGUCUCUGCUUUGUUUACAGCUAGGCUCGGAUCCCGAGGGAGAAGAAGUCUUUCGCUGUCUGAAACCCCUCCUGAUCAGCAUCCUUACAGACACCAGUGCAGGAUUGUCUGCUCGGCAGAGUGUAAGUAGGAAAGCUUCUCAAACAGCCAUACAUGCUUAGUGGUCUCUGUACUCUGCACUGGACAAAACAAGAUUAAUGAAACACACUUGGUGCAGCAGUAAAUGCUACAUUAGGAGAUGUGAUGGGCACACAGAAAUUGGUCAAACUAUUGUUUACUGAAUUUGGUCAUUAAAGCUUGAUAUUUCAGAUAGUAAGGUUCUUAUGCGAGCAUAGAUUUCUGUAAGUGUAAUUUGGUAAAGCAAAAUAGAGAGGUUUUUAUUUGGUUAAUGCAAAGUUUAAGUGUUUACAUCAACUGAUACAUGGUAGAUUAAACAUGUAGUAAAUAUAUUUAAAUGGUACAUGUGUUGUUUACAUUCCACCCACCCCAAAAAGUAUCUUACCUUCGGAUUAUUUAUUAUACACAGUGGCUUGUCGCUCACACAGCCUGUCAGGGCAAUUUAUGUUACCCUGUUCAACAUAAAACUAUUUAUUUUUUUAGCAUCCACCAGCCACAGUGGUUAUAAUUCCAACAAUGUCCUGAUGCCCUCCCAAAGUCAGUAAUCAGACGGACCAUUUAAGAAUGGUUUGACAACUUUUACCUGGGGUCCGUGGGACCACCACCUCUGAAAUCUACUCUGAAAUCAGGAUUUCCUGCACGGUUCUAAUCCUGGUGAUGCAGGUAUGUGUUCAUUGGCUGACAGCAUUCAGCUGACACUCUCGGCCAAUGGGCUGAUUCAGACCAACAGGGCUUAGCUCAGGGAGCUAAAGAAAACUUCUUCAAGGAGCUUCAUGCUCAAGAAAAGCCAACAGCAGACCGCAGAUAAGUUUGUCAAUCCGUUCUUAAAUAAAUUGACUACACACUGUGGGAGUCCACUCCUAGCACCAUAUUGGGGCUUGGGGUGUUACUUCUAACAGUUCAUUAUUUAAUACUAUCCACAAUCCUAAUAUUCUGUCUAUUUCCUGACACUGAGUGGGUAUGUUAUACCAUUUGAAAGACACUUGUCUGUGUUGUCUGAUCUGUGUUUUGCCUUGCAUCCUAACAUAAAGAAAAGCUGCAGGGUAUUAUGUUUCUUUAAUGUGAAAAAGCUGGAUUUGAUGGUGAAUGUACUAUAGAGCAGUAGUGUUUUGAGAAGUAAUACACAAUCAAUACAAUCUUAGAACCUUGCACUAAAAACACCAAAAAAAUAGAAAUGCUAAAUAUUCAUAAAGAGAAACUCACUGGUUGAUGAAAGCAAAGUUCUUUAUUGCAAAAUGUUAAACUCCUCUUGAACAACCACAUCCAAAAAUAUUUCAUUAGCUAAUGUCUAGUGUAGUCUAACAUUGGUUGUUGAAAUAUUGUGGCUUUGUGAUUUGUUCAAGAUGCUGUUUAAGGAUUUUGUAAUAAAGAACCUUGCUCUUACUGACUAGUCUUGUAGGCAUUUUACUUUUAUGAGGACUUGUAGUUGAAAGUAGGGAUCGACCGAUUUUUUUUUAGAGCCGAUAAUCUGAGAACUUUCAGGCCAAUAGCUGAUAACUUACCGAUAUUCUGUACAUUUACCAUUUUGAAAAAAAUAAACGACUUCUAAAGGUAAAUGCACAAAAUAUACAUGCCACAUGUAGUGGAUGCAGUUUAGACAGGGGAGCUGUGUGUGUUUGUGUAGUGUGUAUGUAGUGUGUGUAUAUAAUAAAUGCAGAGUGUGUUUGUGUAGUGUGUGUGUGUGUGUGUGUGUAUGUAUGUAUAUAUAUAUAUAUAUUGAAUGCAGUGUGUGUUUCUUUAGGUAUGUAAUUUGUGUAAAAUGGGGGAGCAUUUUUAAUAAAAAAAAAAAAAUUAAAUAUGUAAUUUUAUUUUUUAUUCAUUAGCCCCCCUUCCCUGCUUGUUACCUGGCCAGGGAGGGGGGAUAUGACAAUUCCCUGGUGGUCCAGUGGCAUGGACUGUGAAGUGGGGGGCCCGCAGCAAGCUCUUACUUACCUUCCCUUCAGCUCCCCUGCCUAACUCUUGCGGCCUGUGUGCCGCGCGGAGCAUUGCCAUGGUAACCCGUGGCAACACUCUGACAGCUGCAGGACCUGCGAAAUUUAGACAGGGGAGCUCAGGGGAGCUGCUGGGAAGGUAAGUAAGAGCUUGCUGCGGGUCCUCCAGGACCGCCAGGCUUGUCAUGGGCCCGACGGUCCUGGUAUGUAUUAUCAGCAAUAUUGGUAUCUCUAUAGGCCAAUACCGAUAUUGCCGAAAAUACCGAAUAUCGGCCAGACUGAUAAUCAGUCGAUCCCUGGUUGAAAGGGUUAAAUUCAUCCUAACAAGCCUGACACCAGUAUGCUUAAAAUAGAGAAAUCAGAGCAUUUUUGCCAAACUAAAGAAUUGAUCAGAAUGGUGUCAGGGAUGAGCACAGUGGUGUUGGAAUUUUUAUCAAGUGUCCAUGGAGUUGAAAGUUAACUAAAAAUGGAUGAAAGUGUGUUGAAGUUAGGCAGUGCCAGCUUGCUAGUGCUGCUUGUAAUUCUUUAUUGCUUCCUCUUGAUUUCUCCUGUUUUUCAAUGAUUAUUCCUUGUCUCAGGCGUGGUCAUCACACGGCUGCUAUUAAUUAACUUUCAAAGUGAAUUUCACAUUUCAGGCCGGAAUAGUAGAAUUAGAAAAAUUCUCUGUCGGUUAAGCUUCCAGUUUGGCUCCUUUGGCCUGAAACUUUAAUUGCAUUAUCACAUUCGUGACAAACCCUGUUUGUGUCCUCAAUUACGGAUAAUUGUCUUGCUGUUUUCUUACAGUGUGCUACAUCCCUGGGUUUGUGCUGUUACAUUGCUGCUGCUGAUGCAGAGGUAAAAUAUUUAUCCUUCGUAUUUCUUAUAUCAACAUUCACUAGCAAAGGCAGGUGGAAAGCAUCCCUAUUGAAUGUUCUUUCCUCUGACGUCUCCCUCUCUUCUUGCCCAGGAUUUAAUUUCUAGUCUCUACUGUCUGGAGGGUAUAAUCACAUCUUACUAUACUGACUCUGGUGCCCCGCACACAGCCCUCCAUGGAUUACUUUGCUGUACCCUCCAGUCCUGGGCGCUGCUUCUCACUAUAUGCCCAGCCAGCCACAUCCAGAAAGUUUUAGAGAGGUGAGUGUAAAGGUUCAGUUGGAAAAACUUUCAAGCCUAACUUUUCACACAUUCUUGUAUUUGCUAUUGAUCUGAAAGUACAUCUUUAUACUGUAAAGAACCCUUUCCUCUGCUGUAAUUGAAAAUGUGUUUGUUUUUUCAGUUUAUUGAAUCUUGUGCUUCAUACAGUAAAUUUAUUGAACAGGUCAUAAGAUAGCUGUUUAUAGUGGUUGCAUGUAGAGAGGCGUUCCAGUGUUAUGCUCAGAGUUGCUCUUUUUUCCCCCCCCCCACUAGUCAUUUACCCCGUUUGCCUGGAAUGCUGUCCAGUGAGAAUGUCAACUUGCGCAUUGCAUCUGGAGAGAGUUUAGCGUUACUGUACGAAAUGGGACGUGAUAUUGAGGUGAGAAAUAACAUUGGUUAUUUUCCUCUGCUUUGUGUAUUCCCUAUCCAUGUGCUAUUUCUUUACUGAAUUGUCUCAUUAAGUUAUCAUCUGACCAUAUUUCAGUGUCCCACCAUCACUUUUCUCAUUGCAGGAGGACUUCUUCUAUGAGGAUACAGAUGAGCUAUGUGUGACCCUGAAAGCUUUAGCCACGGAUAGCAAUAAAUACAGAGCAAAGACUGACAGACGCAAACAGCGUUCUAUCUUCCGGGAUGUUCUCCAUUACAUUGAGGUAAGCAGUAGCGAUAAUCAGAUUGAAUGUUUUCACUUGCAGAUUCCAAGGUCACCUUGACUAGAUUCCCCACACUGUGUGUAAAUAUGGAGAUGACUUGGAUUGUCAUUAAAUUAUUCCAUGUUGAUCUUGGAUGAGAUGGUCUUGUUGAUGUAUUUGUUCUUAAAUUUAAAACAAGAAUGGAAGUGUUUUUUUUUUCUCUCUCUAUCUCCACCUCCCCCUGGUUUGUCUGAAUAGAGAGGACUAAAAAUCUUAAAUCAAAUAUUUGUCAUAAUGCAUUUUUCUAAGGUUCAAUCAGUUGCAAUUGAUACUGCUAUUAUCAGUUCUGCUUCUGAAUAUUAUUCAUUAGGAUCACUUUUCUAUUAUAAUUUGGCCAAAAAGCCAAACACUACCUUCCCAUAUUGUUGAUUCUGACGAUCAACUAAGCAGUGCGGCAGUGCAUAUGUGCUUGCAUCCACUGCAAUAUACAUAGUUUAUAGUGUAUUAAAGUAUAGUUUUCAACAUCCGUUAUAGAGGGCUAAUCACUUAAGUUGAAAACCAAUGUACAAAAUGUGGACUGAUAUAGCAAAGUUUAGAAGAAGAAAAAAAAAAUACAUGUGGGGUUAUUUAAUCAAUUGAGAAUUGAAAGUGAAUUUCAAAUUCAAGGCCAAAAUAGCUGAACAGGAAAGAUUCUUUAAUGCUUCAAGUUUGGCUACUUAGGGACAAAUUCACCUUGAAUCCUUACUUUAAUAAAUAACCCUGUUUGUUAAUGAACAAACGUCCUUAGAUGGUUUACCAUUGUCAAUGUUCCCUCUUCCCCUUAUUUAACACUAUCCAUGGUUUGUUACUCUUGCAGAGCAGUGAAUGCCAAGAAGAAACAAUAAAGUUUGGUUUGGAAGCCAUGUAUAUAGACAGCUGGGCCCGCAGGAGAACAUACAAUUCAUUCAAGGAGGCUCUGGGUUCUGGCAUUAGACAUCAUCUACAGGUAACAUCACAGCUCUGUGUAAAACCUCUAUUUGUGAUAUAGAUAUAGAGAUAUAUAUAUAUAUAUAUAAUCUAAAACCAUCAUUGGUCCAUGGCUAAUAUGUUUUAUAUUUUCCCCUUUCUGCUGUCCGUAGUAUAACGAGGUUCUGCGUGAUAUAUUCUCCUUGGGAGCCCCUCUUGUACUGGAUGCAGCAGCAAUCAAGGCCAAUAAAAUUUCCAGAGUAGAGAAGGUACGUGCAAAUAUGUUUAAGAAGCACUCCACUUUGGCACCCACUCUCCUAAACUAGGAAGGUGUCAUUUUCUCUGGUAGAUGUCACUGGUGUAUAGUUUUUCAAUUUUUUUUUUUUUUUUGGAGGACAGGAUUUGAUCUUUCCUUGAUGUUCAGGUGAUAGCAUGUCUCUGUACUCUCUCUCUGCAGCACAUGUUCAACUCUGCAGCCUUCAAAGCAAGAACGAAAGCAAGAAGUAGAGUCCGGGACAAGCGAGCAGAUAUCCUCUAAUUGACCUCAUGCCUCACACAAGCCACUUUUUACGUUACCCGGGUACUCUUAGAUAGUACCCUUCCUUGGCCACCAUGAAUCUCCUGUGUGGAAAUUAACUUUUGAUCAUGUAUUUAAAAUACCAGCUCUUGCAGAAGUAGGAAAGUCCAGUAUUACUGGCAGAGUAGAUGUUAAAGAUGCUGAGAAUUACAGGAAUGACAGCUGGAGGUGCUCUUUUUUUAAAUUUUUCUUAAUCAGGACAUUUUAAUUGGAUUCAAUCACUGUGUGAUGGCUGCAAGCAGAGCUUCUCAGGACACUACAGUCUGUGAACUGUUUGUGCAAUACUAUAAGGGAGCCUUCAAGGAAGGUACUGCAAGUCUUUGACUUACUUCCUCUCCUCGGAAAGGUGCUAUGGAGAUAACUCUGCUGCCGCCAAAACCCUACACCCUUUGGGACAUUUUAGUCAAUUUGCUUUCCAAAGGGCAAGCAAAGCAGUGCAUUGCCAUUUCCUAUUUAAUGGCCAUGGAAUAACAUGUUUCACACCCACUAUUGCGUUGCUUGCAGAUACAGAACCAAACAAAAUCUGGGUUCUCUUUGGAAUUUUCAGCAGCUGUUCCUAUAUUAAGGACAAUUAACUUCUUUUUUUGAGGGGGGAGGCAAGAGUUGUAUUAAAGGGACACUAUCAGAAACAUUUUGUUCUUUAGUUUAAAUUGUAAAAUAGAUUUUAGAUGUAGUUGUAGAUUAGAGUUUAUAAAAUUGUAACUACUUGAAUUAUUUCUUUAUCAAUGCCUUCCUUUACUCCUGUUUGCCCUGAUUUAAAAAAAAACAAAAAAAAAAACACCCUUUGCGCACAGGAGUCUUUGUACUGCUGACUCACUUAUAAAAUCUUUACAGCAGCCCUAAAGUAAAAGCAAGCUGCAGCUUGUUUUUUUUGUUUUGUUUUUUUUAAUAUCGGAAGAUUAGAAUGCGCAUGUGGAAGAAGAGUUUAAUAUAAACUGGAAUAUUUAAAGAAAAUGCUAAAAGUUAUUUUAAUGCACAAAAAAACAAAAUGUGUUAUGAAAGUGUCCUUUUGAGGGUGUUUGGAGAAUGUUAUUAAUUGUUAACCUUACCUGACCAUUGUCCUAAUAUUACAGCCUGUGAGGUACUGGGAGUUUGAGGAAAAAGCCCCAUAGAAAAUACUCAAAGCACAACAUUCCACCUUCCUCGGAUGUAGUGCAUUUUCUUUCAAGAACGUCAAAGCCUAUUUUUUGUAAUGAAGGCUUCUUAAUGGCCUCGCUGCCAAAUAGUUAAUUUUCCAUCAGGUUUGUAAAGUCAUUUCUUGGGGAACAAUAUUUCUGCAGCCUGUGAACAGGUUUCUGACACAGCCUGUGGUAAGCCGGUGAGAAGGUAUCGUCCCUAGAACCUCUUUUUCUUCCUUACAAGGCCUUUAAACACAUUCUUUAACAUGCUGCACAUGCACAGUAAUAUGGGCAUGUAUCUUUGUAGAUCCGUGACUGAUGAUCAGGCUAAGGACAUAAUCUGCCAGAUUCUACACUCCAGCCAAUCAGCACAGGCAGAGUGUUACAGGGUUAUUCAUUAAUAUGAGCAUUACAAGUAUAUUUCAAGGGUAAAAUAAGGGUAAAAUAACGGAACUGGGAGAAUUAUCUAAUUAAGAUAUGCUUCCACUUUUGCUGCUUUGGCCCUAACUUUGAAACUCACUUUGAGUUCUCACCUUAGUGUCUCUCACUACACUGAGAGGGGUUAUGUUUUAUGUCAAAUUAGAGCGUUUGACCGAGUUAUAGUCUUUUCCAUUGAUUUUAUAAAAAAAAAAUAUUAGCUGUCGGUGACCAGGACAGCCAGCAUGAUUAACACUGCAACAUGUAGGCUCUCUGCUUAUUUUAAAAUGGCAUCUGUCUUAAAACAUGUCCCAUUGUAUCCUUAUUCUGGUCACAUUCUUUGUUCUUCACUAAAGUGAGCAUUAACAUGAAUUUAAAGAAUAUUUUUAAUUUAAAGCCACACAGCUGAAUUGGAGAAUUUUUCCAGUUCUGCAAUUUUGGCCUUACAUUUGAAAUAAAUUUUUAAUCCCAACAUGUCUCACCUUUGUCAAUUUCCACAUCUGCCCUUAAUGGUGGCCUGUGUUAAUGAGGAAAUGGCACAUUUUUUGUUGGUCACCAAUCCUCUUAAACACUUUUGGAAUGCGCCAUCUCUGCCCCGUGUAACCUAUGCACAGGGUGGAAUCCGCUUCCCACGAUGUUCUGCUUGCACAUCCACAUUUAUAAGGAAAUCAAGGGACAUAUUUCUAGUGGAAAAGCCUUGCAAUUGAUGAACCGGAUGGGCAAUGUGUAUCGCACAAAUUGACCAUUCCUUUUCAAAGAAGUCAUGAUUUAAAGGGGAAAAAAAGUGUAGUGCCUCUUUAAAGGACAUUGAUCCCGCACCCCUACCUCUCUUUACAGCAGUGCCUGAGCAACUACCCAAACUACUCUUUACAUUUUCCAUUAUAUGUGCAUUAAAAAUCAGUUGGAAGGAAAGAAAAUCUAAUUUAUCUUUGUGGAUUUUAUACAAGAAGUUCUUUUAAAAAAAAAUACUUUUUGGAAUAAAAACCAAAAAAAAAAUAAAGUUUAGGGUUUUAAAUAAAUGGAUGUAAUAUUAAUAAAAGUCUUUUGUGUGGUUAAAAGUGGGGGUGAAGAAAACUACAGGACUGUGUCUGAUUUAUUUUUUUAUAGCAUUCAGUGUCCUCAUUUCAAACUGUUUAACAAUAUACAAAUGGGGGUAAGUGACCCAUAUAUAUUUGUAGCUAUGUGUAACCUUGAGGAUAACAAAUACUUGAUGUUCACAUGAAUGAAAUGUAUACCUGUGAAUCCCUAUUCUAUGGAUUUCAUCGAAAGACAAUUAAUCUAAGGACCAGAGAUUGUAUGCUGCUAUUUCCUUUAUCACAUUUUAUGUAUUUUUGAGAGCCAAGUUUGCAUACAUCUUUUGGUAUUGAUUGUAUAUGUCCAUGCCCCUCUUGAACAGGCUGUUUUAUUCUCUUACAAAGGGGUUUAUCCACUUUUAUUCCUCAACAGGGAAUUAAAGAGAACAACCUACAAGGAAAUGCACAUUCUAGACCAAAUCUGUUUGAUUACUCUGCAUUCAGUUGGUCUAAAUUGGCAGUUCUUCAAGGAAGCCUAUAGGCACCAUAGUCACUUCAAAGAUUGAAGUGAUUAUGGUACCUUGAGUCUGUGGGUGCCAGUUCUCGCAUUACUGCUAAACCGUUUACUCGCUGUAUAGCAGAGAUGCUCAAUCUCCUGCAGUCUGACCUCCAAUUACUAUAUAGUGAUGGGGAUGCUAUGCUUCAGUUUAAUGCCAUACCUAUUUAUACCAGGGAUUAUGGCCAGGGCCGGUGCAAGGAUUUUUGCCACCCAAUGCAAAGAUCCAUUUUGCCUCCCAUAUUCUCUGAGGUUUAGUUACUAUAUAGAUUCUUAUAAAUCUAUUUUUUUGCAUACAUUUUACAAUUUAGUUUUCAAUUUGCAAUUUGGUCUUUCAACUGCCCUUUUCCUCCAUAGUGAUCCUUUUUCUCUAAAUCUGUUUUUAUUGUGUAUCUGAUAGGGUUAUUCACCGAAGAUGAGAAUUGUCUGUAAUUCAGAGUGAAUUUCUAAAUUUAAAGCCAAAAUACAAGAAAUGGGAAAAUUUUACCAAGUAAUCUAUGCUAAUAUAGGCUACUUUGACCUUACAUUUUAAGUUCACUUGGAAUUCCCAACAAAUCCUACUUGAGUGAAUAACGCUGUCAGUGACUAUUUUUCCCUCUUUUCAUUUUAAUAAUAUAUAUAUAUUUUUUUUUUUCCUUCCUUUGUCUUUUCUGUCUUAAAACUUUAAGGACGGAUGCAAUUGUAUGAGUUCUGAACCAAAAUAAAACCUGAAAUUUGAAA